AGGAAAGUGGGAUGAUCCAGUCAAGUUCUCACUUCAUUCAAGGUUCAUUCAGUUCAGACUAGAAGCUUGACUGUGAUUGAAUCACGAUACCCCACUGUUACUGUGUGAUAAAAAUGCAAAUGUCAGAAUUUUUAAAGAGCUGCUGAACUUACUCAAGAUCUAGAACUAUGAACGCGGAAGAUAUUUCCAAACGCGCGCAGAAAACGUGAGGAGGCGUGAUGGAUGGAAAGAACAGAGAGCGGCAACGGACACGGAACGCUUGCAACAGAACCGAAAGCGCCAGUGUCCUGCGCUCGCUCAGCGUCGACAACAUAGACGACAAUGAGACAAUGGGAGACGAGUUGGACCGGGGUAAACAGUGUGGUCUUGAACGGCGACUUUUUGCUCCGCGGUACAGCUUGCUUCGUGAAGUUGGCAGGGGCAGUUAUGGCGUUGUGUACGAAGCCAUUGCCCGUAAAUCAGGUGCGAGAGUGGCGGUGAAGAAGCUGCGCUGUGACGCGCCUGAGAAUGUGGAGUUGGCGCUGGCGGAGUUUUGGGCUUUGACUAGCCUGGAGAAACGCCACGAGAAUGUGGUGCAGCUGGAGGAGUGUGUGCUCCAGAGGAACGGGAUGGCCCAGAAAAUGAGCCAUGGCAAUAAGCGUUCAAAGCAGUAUUUGAGGUUGGUGGAGACCUCGUUGAAAGGUGAGCGUGUAUUGUCAUGUCCUGAUGAGCCCUGCUACCUCUGGUUUGUAAUGGAGUUCUGCGAGGGAGGGGAUCUGAAUCAGUUCAUCCUGUCCCGACAGCCCGACCCCUGCACCAAUGCCAGCUUCAUGAUGCAGCUGAGCUGCGCUGUGGCAUUCCUGCAUCAAAACAACAUUGUUCACAGAGACCUUAAACCAGACAAUAUCCUCAUUUCGCAGCGUUCUGGCACACCCGUGUUGAAAGUGGCUGAUUUUGGACUGAGCAAAGUUUGUGCUGGUCUCGGUGCCGGAGUACGGGACCCAGAGGAGGGACCGGACAAAAACAAGAAUGGUGUUAACAUCAACAAGUUCUGGCUCUCGUCGGCAUGCGGCUCGGACUUUUACAUGGCACCGGAGGUGUGGGAAGGGCAUUACACAGCCAAAGCAGACAUUUUUGCUCUCGGCAUUAUCAUCUGGGCCAUGAUCGAGAGAAUCACGUUCAUUGACGCUGAAUCGAAGAGGGAACUGCUCGGAACGUAUGUGCGGCAGGGUUCUGACAUUGUCCCGGUUGGAGAGGCGCUUCUGGAGAACCCAAAGAUGGUGUUGAGCAUUCCCCAGCGCAGGCGCUCACACAUGUCCGAGGCGCUCCGGAAACUUUUGCAGGACAUGCUGGCCGUCAAUCCUCAGGACCGACCAGACGCAUUAGAGCUACACAGCAGAAUGGGAAAGGUCACAUGUGCAGCGUAAAAUCUGAACUUUGACCUGAAUGCACACACAGGUUUUCCCUUUCCACAUCAGCCCAGAAGGGGCCACAUUGCUUGGACAACUGUGAAUCUUCCAUUGCUGAUUUAAUGUGAAGAGUACAAAGUGCUCAACUUGAACAUUAAUACAAAUAGAUUUUCCAAUGACCUUUCAGUUUUUUGUUUACAGUAGUGAUUUAAAUGAAUCAUUCAGCAAUCCCAGAAGUGUUCAGCCUAACUCAUCAUCAGUUACGUCACUAAAAGUGAAGUAAAGCUAAAAACAAUGUUGUGAUACAGUGAGUACAAUCAAGCUUAAACAAGCAAGCUCUUUAUUAGUCUUACUGAAGGACUAGGUCUCUAAAAUUGUUCAUGGAGCUUCCCUAGUUGCUCAUAUUCUCAUAACAAUCUUUUGCCAUAAAUAAAUCAACGGAAGUAUUUCAGUUAUUUUUUUCAAGACUUUUAAAAUUUUUAUUUAAUAAAAGAUUAUACGCAUAGAUACUUGACUACUUUUUGAGCUCAAGCGUCUACAUCACAUCACCAAACAAGCUUCAUAGUCUUACACUUGUCCAACCAGUUGGUCUUACUUAAGUUCAAUUAAACUCCAAUGGACUUUGCCAUGUCGCAUCGCAAUGGCUGAAAUUAUGAUAAAGACUAACUUUCAAAACUUGAUUCUAAAUAGCUAAAUCUAAAAUGCUCACCCUAAGCCCAGUAUUGAGAUUUAGGUUUGCAGAUUGCAGAUUUAUUCUGGUGCCUUGAAGUCUAAGUGAUAUUGAGAUUUUCUUUUAGUUUGUUGUCUUGUUUUACAGCUUUAUCUUUUAACAUGCAGUACAUUCUUUAAACACUUUACAUAUUAGGCAUGUAGUUUAACCAUUUUGGUGCCAGUUUUACAUUGUGUGAGAUUGAUUUUUUUUUUUUUUUUUUUUUGCCCAAAAAGAUUGACUGAUUCUGGUUUACAAUUAAAAUUCCCCUGUCAACUAUGUAAAACCAUGUCAACAUCCCUACUGCACAGACACACUCAUACAGUUUCACAGAUUAUUUGUUUUCGGACUUGGAAGAGAAGGUUAUGGACUGAUUAUGCAUAUUUCCUUUUUGUUAGUUGAUUACUUGGAAUAGUUCUCAAAAACAGGAUGGGAUCCUCAUAGUGGUACCAUUGGAUUCUUUUCAUCCGCAUCCUAAAUGCUUCAUAUAGAACAAGUUGGUGUGUCUGUGCGUGUUUGACUGUUUCCGAGUGUGAUUUUGCUUGACAGUUUGUGCGCGCUAUAGUUCUACCUCAGCACUCUUGUGUUUUAGUAACUACUUCACUAAAUAAACUAGCAGUGCUUUCUGUUUUUUGGAGAAAAUAGUGGUUCAUGUUUUCCAGAUGGUUUAUUUAUUUAUUUUUUUUGAAUAAUAAAUCUAUAAUGUCAAGCUUUUAGUUACUUUAUUCCCUUUUCUUUUACUGCUUAUUGCUGUCUGCUUUAGAAGAAACUUGAGGCUUGUUAGAUCAAGAUUUUUUUUGAAUCGCCCACCUCAGGUUUAAGGUGUUUUGAGUUGCAAUAUUCUGGGCCGAAUGGUUCUUCACUUGGGAACAAAAGGGUUCUGUUUCUUUUUAUACAUUCGCUUACAUUUUUCAUUCUAUAUAAGGAAAGGCUUUUUGUUUUUAAUGGGAGCAUUAUUUCGUUUUUUUUUUUUUUUUUUUUUAAGCCACAUUUAUUUUCCCGAACGGCAUUUUAAACGAUUGUAUUUUUAAUGAGGGUCAGUUCAUUUUUUUUUUUUAGGGUCAGUUAAAAGUUGGUAAAAUGGUUAUUACAUUUUCUUUAUUGUUCACUUUUACUCUUUUCAGUUUGGAUGUUUCAGAGGGCAGAAACAGAAUUUUGUCAUAGCAGUCAGACGAACCACAGUAUUAGACUGCACUUGCACUGAGGAGAGUGAACCAAGCAUAAUAGAAGCUCACUUCCUGUUGUGUCCUCUCUUUUGCUCAAAUUAUGUUUUUCUUUGUAUUCCUUGUGGUCCAAUUUUGACUGUACAACGCACUCGUCUAUGCAACCUUUCCUUCUCUGACACUGUGAUGCUGCUCUGCUUAACUGGCCUCUUCAGACCUUGACGUUUUUGUUACUCUUUUGUGCUCUUUUUGUGAAGCACUUUGUGCUUUUUUGUGUCAAAGUCUGACUUUUUUUUUAAUGGACUUUCCUUUGUGUAAAGCACAUUAGAGCUGUGUUGUACGCUUCACUCUUUUGGGUGGCAUCUCUUAUUGUUUUGAUGUUUUUGAUCAAUAAACCAUGUAAAAUCAUAA